AUCAGUGAACACAAUCAGGUGGAUACUACGGGAAAAUACAGUACAGUAGUUGUUACUUCAAGCAGAGUCAACACUGACCGCUGCUUCAAGUAAAAGAAAACGACCAGUAAAAACUAAAAUUAUGUAACAAGUAGCUUGCUUGCUUGUUAUUUAAUUUUAUUUCACCUGAUAUUUUAAUUUCGAUAAAAAGCAGUACCCAGUACAUAAGAUAACAACUCACAGGCUUCGCAAAGGGCACAGCGCCCUUUUUGCUGUCGGGGGGAAAUAGACAAUUUUGACACUAGCGCCCACCGGCUGCCGGGGGGAAAUAGAUUUUACCUUCUUACAAUGGAAAUUUUGAGAGCCGGUUCAGUUAACGUCUGCUAGUCUGGCUAGAAGAUGUGUUGGAUAGACAUGCACGCACCCUAACCACAUGAUAGAGUGUGAAGAAGUCCUUCUUUUUUUAAGUGUAUCUAUAUAAGAAAUCCAGAUAUGGUUGAUAGAUUUUGUAGUUCCAAAUCUAGUCGCGCCAUGGAAUUGGCUUACUUAUCUAUUUUGAACCAUGUCAUUCGUUUAUCGUCGUUGAUAUUGUUUUUACUGUGGAAAGCUACACUAAUGGCGUUACAAUUCUCCGUCAGACAAAUUGGUGGAAUAGUUUACCAUGCAUUUACUUUGUACAGAAAAAGGUUCCUGAAUGUUUUCCCUAACAAACCAGCAGUUGUUUCAAGAAACAUAGGAGUGAUUUCUCCGAUAGGUUGGAUGCUGGGAUUAAUGCCUGCAGUGGCAACAAGUGUAAAACCUGAUGAAGAAAAAGAAAAUAAGAAACAUCUUAUUUCUGAAGCAGACAUCUUGUACAAUGAACAUUCCUACACAAAAUUGAGGAAUCUUCUCCUACAGUAUAAGGGAGAAGAAAAUGCUGAGAUCCUGUGGCGACUAGCACGAGCGACAUUCGAAGUAGCGAAAUUAUCGUCUAGUCCAGCAGAACAAAAACAACUGGACCUUGAAGCUUACGGAUAUGUCGAACUAGCGCUACGUAUUGAUCCUGAAAAUUUUGCUGCCCACAAGUGGAUGUUUAUUUUGUUAGACAAAAAAGCCUCCUAUGAUGGCUUAAAGGAACGUAUUUCACAGUCGUUUGCCGUCAAGCAACAUAUAGAACGAGCGUGUGAACUUAACCCGAAGGAUGCGACUUCUUUUCAUUUGCUAGGCUAUUGGUGCUUUUCCGUUGCUGAGUUGCCAUGGCUUCAGAGACAAAUUGCCUCAACGUUAUUCGCCAAACCUCCCGUGUCUUCUUACGAAGAGGCUUUGCAGUAUUUUUUACGGGCGGAAGAAGUUGAACCGAACUUUUAUAGCACGAAUUUGUUGAUGAUUGGCAAAACAUACUUGCGACUCAAAAAUCGAGAAAAAGCGAUUGUUUACUUGACGGGGGCGCGAGAUUAUGCAGUUGCCUCGUCUAAAGAUUUGGAGACGAAGCAGGAGGCAGCGAAGCUAUUGAAUUCCAUCUAAAUGCCUAAAAAGGCGAGUUCCAAGGUCGUCACACCCAAGAACAUUUACUUUAUCCCAUCCAUUUGUAUUUACCAAAAAUAAAUACGGCUUGUUAUGUUUGUCCCAUUACCUUUAUGAUGCAAUACUAUUUUUGUCAAAACAGAUUUAGUCGUGCAAGAAGAAAUAGUGCAAUGGUCACGCCGAAUUUCCCCGUGUGUAAUGUUUACGAAUACAAAGUUCAUUCAGUU